GGUGAUGCUUUGAUGCGGUUGCCCAGUGUAUCCUAUGAUAAGAAUGAGCUUGUGCAUGGGAUUAGUGCAGAUGGCUCCGAAAGUGUGAUGGAAGCUGAAGAAUAUCUGUCCCCAGUGGAGCACCAGAGACAGCAGCGGCCCAACUCAGCUCUGUGGACCUAUGACAGGCAGCUGAACCCAAACACAGCAGUGA